AUGGGUCAAGCCAUGUUGCUGAAAUUUGGCGAUUUUGCAGAGUAUCCAUCGAUUCCAGCAAACUUUCCUCGAUGUGGAAGUUGGGGCGGACAUGUGUUCAAAGAUGCAACUCACAGGGACCAAUGUCCUCAACAACCUGUGCAGGAGUACCGCCACGAGUGUGCUCGAGUUUGUCAGCGAAAUGUCCACAAGACCUGCGAGUACAAUUUCACCGUCGAGUGGUAUCUUACGCUAUCCAAGGCUUGCUAUGACUGUCCAUUUAACCUGACGGACUGCCACCGCCCCCAUUGUAUCGCUGCUGAUGGACAUAUGCGAGCUGUCGUUGCGGUCAAUAGACAGAUACCAGGGCCAAUGAUAGAGGUUUGUGAGGGUGAUACCUUGGUGGUGAAUGUAAAGAAUGAACUUGAGGACGGUGAAAGUACAGUGAUACAUUGGCACGGUAUCCACCAGAUGGGGACACCGUACAUGGACGGAGUCAGUAUGAUAACACAGUGCCCCAUUCCACAGUUCACAACAUUCAGGUACACGUUUAAAGCCAGCCCAGCUGGGACCCAUUUCUACCAUUCCCACAUUGGCUCGCAGAUCGCGGAUGGCCUGUAUGGUGCGUUAAUAGUUCGCAAACCACCGGAAGAUGAACCACAUAGGACCCUGUACGACGAGGAUCUCCCUAGUCACGUGGUCCAGCUGGCAGACUGGUUUCCGGAGCCAUCGAAUGCACGUUUCAUCCAGUUUGUGCAUAAAGAGGCUGACUUCUUUCUGCCAGUUUCCUUACUGUUAAACGGGAGAUCUGAUAACUACGAAGUAAAAAGUUCUAACCCUAACAUCACGGCAAGACCCCCUCUAGAAGUCUUUCACGUGACCCAGGGUAAUCGAUAUCGAUUCCGCUUUACUAAUGCUGGUCAUACGAAAUGUCAGUUUAAAGUGUCGGUUGACGCCCACAACUUAACUGUCAUUGCUGCCGAUGGCGUUGCUGUGAAGCCCUUGGAGGUCGACACAUUUGGAAUAAAACCAGGUGAAAGAUUUGACAUCGUUUUGCGUGCCAAUCAGUCAGUUGGUAAUUAUUGGUUGAAAGCGGCAGGGUUAGUGGACUGUGGUUUCUUAGGGCAUGUGGCCCUAGGAGUAAUUAGAUACGAUGGCGCGGCUGACGAAUACCCCACGGAAGACAGGAAGGCAAACAGACUCGGAAAGUAUUUGAAUCCCACCAUAAGUGAGCCAGGAAACCCGAUUGCAACCCACGGACCUGGCUUUGACAUUCUCAUGGACGAGUUGGAAAAUUUCGAGAACGAAAAUUUUACCGACGAGAAUGUGGAUGUCAAGUACUAUCUUGUUAAUACCACCAACUGCGGUGACGAUCUCUGCCAGUGCACACAUAUGGUGGAAUUCAGGCUUAAUCAGGUUGUGGAAAUGGUCCUGAUCAACGAGGGUAGACCAAUCCCAGUUGAGCACUCGCUUCAUCUCCACGGUGCAUAUUUUCGUGUACUGGGCGUUGGAAAGCUCGGGAGUUCUACUUCGGUUGAAGAAAUAAAGAAACUGCACGAGGAGGGUAAUCUUCGAUAUAAACUUAUAAGUCCUAGCUACCGUGACACAGUGAUCGUGCCUGACAAUGGAUAUGCUAUCAUACGAUUUAGAACCGACAAUCCAGGUGUCUGGCUCUUCCACUGCCAUUUUAAUCUUCAUCUAAACCUGGGUCAAGCCAUGUUGCUGAAAUUUGGUGAAUUUGCAGAGUAUCCAUCGAUUCCAGCAAACCUUCCUCGGUGUGGUAGUUGGGGUGGACAUGUGUACAAAGAUGCAACUCACAGGGACCAAUGUCCUAAACAACCUGUGCAGGAGUGUAAAGAACCAACCGCGACCGGAAAUCGUAACCUGUCGCCAUUUUCAUUGUUUCAGCUGGUCAUCUUCGUCCUACAUGUCUCUUGGAUAAAAACUGGGCAGUUGUAG